GCGGCGGCGGGUUACAUAACGGGCCGCGAGCCGCCGCGCUCUCGCGAGAUUUUACUCCGCCUCCUCCCCCUCUUCGUCCACGUCAGAAGGAACCGGGCGGAGCGGCCAACAUGGCGGAACGCAGGCGACACAAGAAGCGGGUCCAGGAAGUUGGCGAACCAUCAAAAGAAGAGAAGGCUGUAGCCAAGUAUCUUCGAUUCAACUGUCCAACUAAGUCCACCAAUAUGAUGGGCCAUCGGGUUGAUUAUUUUAUUGCUUCAAAAGCAGUGGAUUGCCUCUUGGAUUCAAAGUGGGCAAAGGCCAAGAAAGGAGAGGAAGCUUUAUUUACAACCAGGGAGUCUGUGGUUGACUACUGCAACAGGCUUUUAAAGAAACAGUUUUUUCACCGGGCCCUAAAAGUAAUGAAAAUGAAGUAUGAUAAAGACAUAAAAAAAGAAAAAGAUAAAGGAAAAUCUGAAAGUGGGAAAGAAGAAGAUAAAAGGAGCAAGAAAGAAAAUACAAAAGAUGAAAAGACAAAAAAGGAAAAAGAGAAAAAGAAAGAUGGUGAAAAGGAAGAGUCCAAAAAGGAGGAAACACCAGGAACUCCAAAAAAGAAGGAAACUAAGAAAAAAUUUAAACUUGAGCCACAUGAUGAUCAAGUUUUUCUGGAUGGAAAUGAGGUUUAUGUGUGGAUCUAUGACCCAGUUCACAUUAAAACAUUUGUCAUGGGAUUAAUUCUUGUUAUUGCUGUAAUAGCAGCCACCCUCUUCCCUCUCUGGCCAGCAGAAAUGAGAGUCGGUGUUUAUUACCUCAGUGUGGGCGCAGGCUGUUUUGUAGCCAGCAUCCUUCUCCUUGCUAUUGCUCGCUGUAUUCUGUUCCUCAUCAUUUGGCUGAUAACUGGAGGAAGGCACCACUUUUGGUUCUUGCCAAACCUGACUGCUGAUGUGGGCUUCAUUGACUCCUUCAGGCCUCUGUACACACAUGAAUACAAAGGACCAAAAGCAGACUUAAAGAAAGAUGAGAGAUCGGAAACCAAAAAGCAACAGAAGUCCGACAGUGAGGAAAAGUCAGACAGUGAGAAAAAGGAAGAUGAAGAAGGGAAAGCACCAGGAAAUCAUGGAACAGAAGGCUCAGGUGGAGAGCGACACUCAGACACAGACAGUGACAGGAGGGAAGAUGACCGAUCCCAACACAGUAGUGGGAAUGGGAAUGAUUUUGAAAUGAUCACAAAAGAGGAACUGGAGCAGCAGACAGAUGAAGAUUGUGAUGAGGAAGAUGAUGACAAAGAUGGAGAAAUGCCUAAAUCUGCACAUGAAAAAUUAUAAUCUGACUAAUUUGGGGACUGAAUAAGUGCAGCAGGUUGGGUUUUCUAUGUUGGGCGAUCAUCAUAAUGUACACAUGCAUUUGUAGCAUUCUUUACAUCCAUUUUCUGAAAGGUAUUUGACAUUCAGUUACAGUCAGCCUUUUGUUUUGUAGAACAUUGGUACUAUUUGGCGCAGUCUAAAGCCAUUAAUAACUUUAUCCAUCUGACAAUUUUACAGUAAGUAGGCCUCCUUUUUGAUAGUCAUCAAAGAAACAUUGUCCACAGUGACAUAUAGAUUAAGGGCAUUUUUGAUAGUUGUAUGGCUUUUUACUGUUAGACUAAUGGAAAUCACUAAAGAAACUGCAGCAUUCUAAAUUAUGCAUAAAUAUAUAGCCAUUUUGCAGUUUCUUUAUGAUGAAAUGCUUAAACUCAUUGUUCUUGAUAGAUAUGCUUUUGUUUUUCUUCAUAAAAUUAUACCAGAAAAUUCCUUUUUAAGAUUUUGAGUUAGCAGGGAUCAAGAGCAUUUUGUGGAAACAAACCAGCUAGUAGCAGUGCAGCAACCCUUUUAAUUUAGUUACAAAUUCUUCUUUUCCAACUUAGGAAAUCCAAACUUAAUUGUACAUUCAAUCCAGAGAAAGGUGGUCAUCUCUCCAGCAGAAAGUGAAGAGCACUGAUUGUGAGGGCUCUUCCUUCAUCCCAUCUCCUUGUUAUAACAUAAAAUGUAUUCUGUACAUAAUUUACAAAUAAAACACUUUAUUUUAAUUGUUACUUAUUAUUUAGACAUUUCUCAACACUUACAUUUGUAAAACGAAAACCAUGGAAGGGUAUGUUUUUAGAGCUUGAGUAACCCAUGGAACAUUUGAUCUUCCUACAGCAGCUUCAGUCGUGUGCCAACAUUCCAUGUAUUUUAAUGAGUAAAAAUUAUCCUCGUUUUAGUAAGAACAGACGUGAAGUAGCUGUUUGUAUGCCUUAAUGUUCAUUUUGAUUUAUUUUAAAUCUUUACAUUUAGAAAUGGGGACUAUGUUAUCAGACCAGAAGGCACUGCUGUGAAAGAAAAUUUGCUGUUCUAAAAAUACCAAUUAAAAAUAAAGGAUAUAAAAGAAAACAUAGAAAACUAUUGGACUCUAAUUGUUUCAAACUAGUUUUGCCAUGUUAUUUUUUUACACACUUUAGUUACAAAUCUUUUUUUAAAACUUGUUUACUUACAUUCAUUCCUUGGAGCUGCAUACAGUCCUACACACAGAUCGUGAGCUUUCCUUCAGUCACAGGGGGUUUUGGGCUUUGUUAUAGUUAGUAAGUGAUGGACUAUGUAAGGUCUUCGUCUCUUUUUAAGAUGUUUCCCCUCUGAGUAUUUGACUAAAGUUGACCUUUAAUUGUGAGAAAGUACAUUCUGUGUGUAUUGAAAUCUGAUGAAAUAUGUCUUGUUUGUUUCUUUAGUCUUCCCUGUGUGGUGACAGAACUGUGGCUGCUGUCUUUAAGGGUUUUCUCAAAGCACUGUGCAUUAAUUGUAGUGCCUGGGUUUUCAUCCAUGUUUGCAAAGCCCCACUGCUUCAUUUCCAGUGAGGAAAGGGGAAAUCACAGCUAUGAACAUACUAGUUACAGUAGAUUAGUACCUAAUUGGGGCUAUAAAAUGGAAGCAGAAUGUUUUAACAAUAAAACUGCUUUGUUAACUUUUA